ACCCCCGCAUAACAAAAUGAUUUCCUCCUGAUCGGCGCCUCCCUCCUCCGUCGGCCAUCCCCACCUCCCCGUCCCCUUUUAAACCCCCCACAAAAUCUCCCAAUUUGAAGCCAUCUCGUACGGACCCCACAGCUCCCAGCAGGCCAGCACGACCACCAGCGAGCUCCCCAACCCCAUGGCAGGCGGCGGCGGGAAGGUGGCCUGCGCGGCGUGGAUCCGGCGCCGGGAGGACAAGGCCACCCGCGUCUUCGCGGUGCACGGCCGGCCCUCCCCGCCGGCCCUGGAGGUCCUCGGCUUCGACUCCGGGAGCUGCUCGCUCUCCGAGGAGGCCCUGGCGAGAAUCGUGCUCGGGGAGGACCCAGACGACGCGCCGCUCGCUGUCGCGGUGCACCCCACCGGCGACGAGCUCGUGUGCGCCACGGCCAAGGGGUGCAGGCUAUUUAAACUGAUUUUUGAAGAGUUCACCGUUCGCUUUAUUGAAAGUAAAGCUCCAGCGAUCGAAUCUGUUGGACUGCAGAAAUGUCUUGCCUUCAGCACAGAUGGUGCUAAAUUUGCUAUUGGUGGUGAGGAUGGGCAUCUAAGAAUAUUUCAUUGGCCAAGCAUGAAGGUGCUCCUAGAUGAACCCAACGCUCAUAAAUCCUUCAGAGACAUGGAUAUCAGCUUAGAUUCAGAGUUUUUAGUUUCAUCGUCUACUGAUGGUACUGCAAGAAUUUGGAAGAUAAAUGAGGGGGUACCAUUGGUCAACUUGACUCGAUCUUCGGACGAGAGGAUUGAGUGUUGCCGCUUUUCUAGGGAUGGCAUGAAACCGUUCCUGUUUUGCACAGUUGCAAAAGGUAGCAAAGCUGUCACUGUUGUUUGGAACAUAAGUGAUUGGUCUAGAAUUGGGUACAAAAGACUACUGGGAAAACCUGUCUCCACACUUUCAGUUAGCUUGGAUGGGAAGUUUCUGGCUUUAGGAAGCCACGAUGGUGAUUUUUGUGUUGUGGAUGUAAAGGAGAUGGAGAUUUCUCACUGGAGCAAGAAGGUUCAUCUUGGUUCCCCAGUAUACGGAAUUGAAUUUUGUCCUACUGAAAGAGUUGUAAUCUCCACAUCGCCGCAAUGGGGAGCAGAGCUGACAAGACUGAAUGUGCCUGCUGACUGGAAAGAAUGGCAAAUCUGGCUCAUACUUUUGGCGCUCUUCCUUGCAUCAGCCGUCCUGUUCUACGUAUUCUACCAGAACUCCGGUUCCUUCUGGAGCGGAACGCCCCGACGGGACGUCAUCGACCUACCAAGCCAUGCAGAGUUCUGAACGAGCCUCCGCCGUCUCCUGAACACCGAAACUCCUGGUGAAACUGUUCACCGGUGAUUCUCUUUCAGGCAACCCAGUCCUGCAGUGUGUUAUUUAUUUCAUUCAUACCGAGAGCUUUUUCUUUCUUUACGAGUGUAGUCGAUGUUGUACCAAUCCAGUUGCGUGCCUAUCUAUCUGGCGACGUCAGUAUUUAUCGGGGAACACUGUAAAAUGACACUGUAAAUGAUAAUAGUUCGAGAAUGUCAUCGAGUGUUAGUGAGACAUUCAAGAUCGCCAACUGAAGUCGACUCCUCGACACAAGUUUUCUCGCCGUUGACUUGGAGUCUUUUCAUCCCUGCUGAUGAUGCAGCGCCAUAGUGGCUAUCCAGUAUAUACCCAGUUUGUUGCAGUUUUAUUUCUAUUGCCUGUAGCACUUUGAACCCCGUUUAAUUCUGAUCCUUAUGAUCACUUGGUCUGUAUUGUACUAUGCCUUCGGUGGUCUGUAUUGUACUUCUGGUUUGGUGCUCACCUAGUUCAUCCAUGAAAAAACACCACUCUCUCUAUUGUAUC